GCAGACUUCUGGUCUUAGAGUCAUUGUCUGGUCCAGAAGAAGUGAGACUUGACCAGACUCACAGGAGAUACCUCACCAAGAUACUAAAAGAUCAGGAUGAAGGCUUUAAUGCUCAGAGGACUCAUCCUGGCCUUUGCCAUUUGUCUCCAGCUCAGUGAGAGUCAGAAGUCAUGGCAGCAUGCACCAGAAAACAAGGUCAAUGGUCAGUCCACCCAAAGCUCCUCCGUCCAGACAUCACAAAGCAGACUGCCAUCCAUAGAGCUCAUUAGAAAUUCUCGAUCCCUUUCUCCUGACUCUGCCUCGGCUAUCCAGGAAGCCCUCCAAAGUGCUUCGUCCUCACUCCUCAAUACUCAGGCAUUGAAGUCCCUCCCUUCUGCAGCUGUGCUCCUUUCUGAACUGGCUAACCAAGGAGCCAGCCAGUUCUCUUCAAUUUCUAGAACACUGGAUAAAAAGAAAACAUCAGACCAGUUUGUGUCUGCUAAGAAAGGGUUAAAACAAUUCAAGCAAGGCUCUUCUGAUCAGAUGUCACAAAGCAGGCUUCCGUCUUUGGAGCUCAUUAAAAAAUCUAUAGCCCUUUCUCCUGACUCGUCCUCAGCUAUCCACAAAGCCCUCCAAAGUGUCUCAUCCUCACUAUUCAAUAGUCAAACAUUAAAGUCUCUCCCAUCUGCAACUGCACUCCUUUCCGACCUAACUGACAAAGGAGCCAGCCAGUUACCUGCAAUCUCUAGAACACUAAAUAAAAAGUCUGUACCUGCUAAGAAACAGUUGAAGCAACGUACAGUUAGAGUAGCCCGUGAAAUAUCUCUUCCUGACAUGAAAACUCUAAAGGCUUUGAAAAAUACUUUGCCUACAUCAUCCAGAACACAGCAGUCUGGGCCCAACAAGGGAAGACAAGGACAAAUGAAAGGGACAACUGCUCUAAGUGCUUCAAAAAGGCAGCUUACAAAGAUCAAAUCUGGAGUAUCACCUCAAAGCAGACCCGUCUCGCACAGCACAGCUAUCUAAGUCCAAGUGGGGACUAAGAGAGAAGAAACAAGGGACGGGGCUACAAGGGCUGUCAAGAGACAGCUUGCAAAAGUCUAAUCUAUAGUACCAUCUAAAAAUAGACUCCAUCUCACACAGCAAAGCACAGUUUAAACAGGGCAAAAAAGAGACCAUGUCGAAACCUAAGAAGCCAUCGACUUCUUUCACAGAGGCACAGAGAAAGCAUUCACAAAGGAAACAGAAACCUUUCCAGAAAAUCAAGAGACUACUUCCAUCACAUUCCCAUGUCCCUGCUCCAUCGAAAUUCCCACUUUCCAAAAGUCGAUUCCAUUAGCCUCCUUGUUCACAGUCAAAUCAGAAACAUGAGUGUCCAUCAAAGGCUCAUCGACUAUGCCUGCUUCCACUAAGACCAGGGUCAACAUUUGUGCUACAUCUUCAUAUUUCUCUAUAUUGAACUUUC